AUGGCGGGCGUGGCGACUGUGUAUUCGACUGAUGCCCUGCCAUUGUCGGCAGGCGCAGAAUGGGACUAUUCUGUGCCGAUUGGAAACGAGCGUCCUUCGAUGACUCGAGAUUCCCACGAUUCGACCUCCAUUUACACGAGGCCUCCACAACACAAUGCCAACGGAUCCAGAAGCUCAUCGGUAUCACGAAACGUUCUUGCGCAUGACGUAUCUCACUCGAGCUCAAACCGAGGACGACGAGAGCAAAGCCUGAACCGCAAUGGAGACGUUAUUAACGCGCGAGAGAGUAUCGACACGUUGGCUCGCACAGAGCUCGAGAACGACAAAGAACCUUCUAUCCCCAAUGAAUUGGAAAAGAACAGCGAGAACUGGAUCCAUAGGGACAAGCUGGCGAAGAUUGAGAGCGAGGAGCUUCAUCGGGCUGCCAUUCAGUUUCAGCAUCGCAUGAGGGCCGAAAGUAAGUCUAGUGCGGGGCGCGAGAGGAGCCAUGAUUCGUACCGAAGCAUUUCCAACAGUCCAGCAGCAACGUCAUCUGAGUAUUCUGAACCCUGGCCCGACAUGCGCAAGGAUAAUGGGCUGGUUAGGCCGAGUGAAGACCGCAAGAAUUGGGAUCUUCGUCGGCCCGAGGAGAUCAGUGCACACGAAGCAGCUGGUAGCUUCUACAACAAUCCGGCCCUCCGCAAGAGCUCUUCCCGCAUACCCAUAUCGACGGCAAGCCCCGUUCCUCUUGCGCCUGGUCGUCGCGCGACGACGGAUGAACACGACGAUGAGACCCGAGGCCGUACAAUCAGCGAGCCUUACACUAUCGAAACGGACCCUUCGACUCCCUCGUCGGGCAGUCGGCCUGUCAGCCGCGGCCUCCCUACUCAAAGCACUCCUAAGAAAACACCAACCAAGGCAACAACUGCCCGGAAGGCCUCUGCUCCGCCGCCAACAAGCCGAAAGACCUCGGCUGCUGUCAGGUCUCGUGCAGUCUCAGGUAAUACCACGCAAAGACCUAAUACACGAUCUGGUGAAACCCGGCCAACUACUGCAGUGAAUCGGCCCGAGGGAGAUCCACCAUGGCUGGCGACGAUGUACAAACCCGAUCCCCGCCUCCCGCCCGACCAACAGAUUAUCCCUACACACGCGAAGAAGAUGCAGCAAGAGCAGUGGAAGAAGGAAGACCGAACUCCAACUACCUAUGACCGUGAUUUUGCGCCUCUUGCAGUGCGGCCCACAAACGAUGCACCCCCACCCUCGUUCCCGAAAGAAGAGCCAAUUGAACAGCAAACGCCAGAGGUCGAAGAGCCGAAGAUCGAAGCACCGCCGAAGUCCAAGACCCCUGAAAUACAACAAGCUGCACCACCUCUGCAGCGAAGUACUAGUACAGGCUACAGUACGAUGCCCAAGGUCCAGGACACACCCCCUCUGGGGUUGAUGCCCAACCCUAACUGGACUCCGCCGGUGGUCACUGCACAGGAAAAGCCAAAAGAUGAUAAAGAGGACAAAGGCUGCGGAUGCUGCAUUGUCAUGUGA